AUGCCGACCUCACUCCAUCCACAGGCCAAAUUCGAUCCAAUACCCCCGGACCUUGACUUGGCUGGUCUAGUCGAUCGAACGCCCAACUUCAAGUGGGUUCAGCGGGUGUCGAGAGCGCAAAUUCGUAGUCUGGGGCAACAGGAGUUUGAGAAGCUCGUGCUGAUCCACGUUGUCGCUGGAGGCAAGCCUCUGGUUAUUGACGGCUGGGAUGCCGUGCUGCCAAAAUGGCUCUUCGACUCUAGUUGGUUAGAGAAGACAUACGAUAAGAAACAGGAGACCGUCAGGGACAUCACCGCUGCGAACGACAUUCCCAUGACGACUGGGCACUACUUGCGAUCGAUGAAGCAGCUCACCGACCAGUGGACACCGAACAACUUUCGCGACGAGCGCCGUCAGCGCCUGUACCUCAAGGACAUCGACUGCCCGCCCGAAUGGCACGAUGCGCUACAGAGGGCCAUUCACCCAAACCUCUUUUACCUAAACGAAAACGCAAGCGAACACGGAGGCGCGAAAACCCAAGAAGAUGAUGUCUUCAGGGAAGAGGCAACAACUGCACCGGCAGGCGACCUCAUGUCUAGUCUACCCCAUGAUAUGCGAGCCCAGAAUCUGAUGUGUUACAUCGGGCAUGAGGGAACAUACACUCCAGCCCAUCGUGAGAUGUGCGCUUCUUUGGGCCAGAAUAUUAUGGUCGACGCCUCUGGUGACAAGAACGGAGAGAAACCUGGCAGCUCCAUUUGGUUCAUGACUGAGAGCAAGGACCGUGAGGUCGUCCGUGAAUACUUCCUCUCUAUGCUUGGGCACGACAUUGAGAUUGAGAAGCACUUUGCUCAGGUCAAUGCGUGGAAGAAAGCUCCGUUUGAUGUUUACGUUGUUGAACAAAAGGCUGGUGAUUUCAUCUUGGUGCCCCCCCUAGCUGCUCAUCAGGUGUGGAAUCGGGGAACGAGGACGGUAAAGGUCGCUUGGAACCGCACCACAGCUGAGACGCUCGAGAUGGCGCUCCACGAAGCACUCCCCAAAGCACGACUUGUCUGUCGCGACGAACAGUACAAGAACAAAGCCAUUAUCUACUUCACCCUCGAAAAGUACUAUCGCCAGCUGCAGGAAAUGGAAGAGAACGCAGAACUGGCCCAGAUGAGUUUCCUGGGCCUUGGCCAGGAAAUCAUGCGCAGCUCGCCGCGCGCAAAACAACUAGCUGGCGACUUCAAAAAGUUAUUCAGUCUCUUCACAGAAAUCCUCUUAGAUGAAAUGUUUGGCUACAAGGAAAAGGAUGUGGAGCUAAUUCCAUUCGACUCUUGCAUCACUUGCUCCUACUGCCGGUCAAACAUCUUCAAUCGGUUCCUGACCUGCAAGCAUUGCGCCCGUACCUUGGUCGACGGGGAUGAGGACGCAUACGACGUGUGUAUGGAAUGCUAUGCGAUGGGACGAUCCUGUGCAUGCAUGUCGGGUCUCCAGUGGUGCGAGCAGUGGUCGUGGUCUGAGCUGGUUACCAACUAUGAGGCGUGGCGAUCCAUGAUUAUCCUCAAUGAUGGGUUCGUGGACUUUGAGUCGUCCCCCCAACCACUCGAGGUCGCACGCCUGAGGGUAGGGAAGAAGGCGGUGGCCCAAAUCUGCCAAGAGGCGUUGCGAAGACGGCCGUGGAAGGACAUUACGAAGCAGGAACGUGAAAACACACCAAGCGAAUCAGAGGCAGAAGGCGAGGACAAGCCCAAGAAGCGAAAACGGAAGAAGAAGAAAGGCGAGCUCCGACGAUGCCACGUUUGCUGUCACAAGGACUACAGCUACAGGGUUCACUCGUGCACAAACCCUGGUUGUACCGAGUCCUACUGCUAUGGUGUUCUUUACAGGGCGUUUGACAUGAUGCCCCAGAAGGUGCUCGAGGACGAGCAGUGGCAAUGCCCGAAGUGUCUAGGCAUUUGCAACUGUGCAUAUUGCCGACGCGUAGGUCACACAGAUCCUUACACUCCCAAGAACACACUACUCGGACAUGACACGAGGCCGAUUGCCGAUGAUCGUAGUGUAGAAGCGCUAGUUGAUUUCCGCGUUCACAACUUGUCCUGGCUCAAGGCUGCCGGAGAAGAGAGUCGCAGCAAGGACAGCAAGCGGAUGAAGGCACUACGGGAGCAAGCUGAUAAUGCCAAAGCCCAGGAUAUCACCGAACAGGUGGAGGCAGAGCGGGCCAUGCAGAAUCAGCCCGAGGCACAGGAUGGCUCUGGCAACCCCCUCCAUUCUCCCGUCAUGAAUGGGUAUGGAGACCAAAGCCAUGUCCUGGGGCUGGACGAUCCUCCCGCGGUGGAAGCUCCUGUCGAUGGGCCAUUCCAACCUUACCCCGAAGGGGUUCAUGGUUCUACAAACGACGGCUUGGCCAAUGCGGACAUGUCGCAGAUGGCAGAUCUCGAUACAUCCAUGUAUCCUGACCCAUCUUUGAUCAGUCGGCAGCGCAUUGGCAUGGGCUACUAUGAACAAGAUGACACGCCUGACAAGAUUCUCUUCGACCCUUUCCAGGCUCCUUCCGAAGAGGCCAUGCGAUUACCAGAAUCAGAUGUACCAGAGUUCGUCAAGAAGUCCAUCAGAGCGGCAAAGAGGAAGGCGAAGCGAGCGAACGAGGACCCAGACUUCGUCGUCGGCAAGAGUCACCAUAAAAGACCUCGUCUUACAGCUGAGCCAGACUUCUUGGAAAGCAUGGACCCGGCAUUGUUCGGCGGUACUCCAACUACUGCUCCCGAGGCUCUGAUGCAUGAUCCUGUCCAGGACAAUGAUGACGAGCCUGUGAUUGAUGAAGAAAGGGACUCGGAAGUUGUUGAGAAAAGUCCGGAGAAGCCCAUUGAGAAGAAAACGACAAUGGCUCGGUUUUUCGACGCAAAUGAGCCAGAGUUGCGACACGCCAAGCCCAGAGCGUCUUACGUAGAACUCGAAGAUGCCGAUUCCGAUGAAUUCGAGGAAGAGGAUUCGCUACACCCGGUCGGUUCACCAUCACAUGAACCUACGGAAAUCGGUAGGACAGCAGUCGAUCUAGCUGCCGAUGCAGUCCGCGCCCUGUUUGGAGGAGCUGGGAGUGAGGAGAAGUUGUCCACGCAAAAUGGGUCACCAGUUGAACCCAAGAUACCCAAAAGACGUGGCCGCCCUCCCAAGAACGCAUUGUCAGCAGUGUCUUCUCCGGCAAAGACUUCAACAUCGCAGAAUUCCUCCACACCCAAUGGGUCAGUGAAACGACCUAGAGGUCGGCCAAGGAAGUCGAACCUGGUCCAAGUCAGUGCUGCAGAUGAGGAUACUCAAAAUAAACAGGGCGAUAUAGGGAAUGCAGAUGAAAGCGACCAGGCCGAACCAGAAUUACACGAUAGCGAUGACGAACAUGAUAAGGCUGUUCAGGAACUGGAGGCACAGCUUUCAAUGGACCUGGCUGCAGAGAUUGUUGCGGCGGACGCAGAAGGUAAUAAGGAGCCACGACGACGAGGACGACCUCGGAAGUCCGGAGUUACCACGAUCUCUGCUGCCACAGCGUCCUUGCAUGAUUCUAGUGAUGAGCUUGAAGUCACAGCGCCAACCCUUCAGGAUAGUCGAGCCUCCAGAACCGCUCGGCGAGCGAAACAGUCAAAGGCGGUGACGCCAGAGCCACCUGUCACUGAGAGCACAAGCCUGGGUAGCACCCAGCUUUUAUCCAUGGCGGAGCGCAUGGCACUCAGGGGCAAGAAAUUCAAGAUGGGCAAGCGGAAAUCUCAGCCUGGUUCUGACACCAUCAUAGCAGCUUCGCCUGCACCCCCAAAUCGAGCAGCCAACACACCCUCCACUCGAGGCGGUCGUACGGGUUCGGCCAGUGCAGUGCGGCAACGUCCCAGUCGCCGGUCGAGCUCGGACACUGAAUACCAGAGCCAAUCCAAACAGACGCCCUCAUCAGUAUCAUCGGGAGAGAAAGAAAGCUCGCGGAGUCCAUCGCCUCCACGAGCGAGAAGACAAACUGGCCAUCCAACCGUCGUUCGACUCGUUGAAUCGGACUCGGAGGCGGACAGUGAAGUCAACAGCUCAGACUCGGAUUCUAGUAGUGCGGAGGACAUCCCUGCCCGAGGCCGUGUUGCCAGUAAGGGGGCUUCUGGCCGAGGACGAGGACAAGGACGUGGACGUGGCAGGGGGAGAGGACGGCCCCGUGGUCGAGGGAGGUAA